AUGGUCCAUUUAUUUUGUGCCAUUUCUGGGUUUGAUGUCUACGGUGGCUUUGAUUUUGCAUGGCUGGGGCUGGGGCUGUUGGCGGCUCAGGCCGCCUGUAUGGUCGCCACGAUGAUGGCUUUGCUUCUAACAGAUUGGGAAUUUGAAGCCCAGAGAGCCAAACAACUUACUGGUGCUAAUGACUUCGAAGAAAUUGAGGAAAAUAAUCCGCUUUUAGCAGAAAAUAAGGAAGAUGCAAUGAAGACUGAAGCCUAUUUGGUUAAGGAAUUAGGGUGCAAAGACAGAGAAGACCUAAUAAUGGUGAGUACAAUCAGGCGCGACUACUAUUCCAAGGCUCUUUGUGAAAGGUUCUUGAUCCAUUAUUCUUCAUUGCUUAGCCCAAAGCAAUAG